AUGAACGCUACUUGCAAGGGGUUUUGCGUCGAAAGUGUUGGUGAAAUUCCGCCAAAAUUUAAUCUCCUUGACAAGCUAAGUGAAUGCAUGACGAUUAACCAAGCAAUGACCAUACAUUUGAGUUCUAGUGCUCCCUAUGCUACGUAUCCCAGAUGUGAACCACCCAGGAACAUAAAUCCUCCGACAACGACAAACUCACAUGUGUACGGGAAUGUACCCCCUCCAUCAACUAGUGAAAUAUGGUCUGUCGGGGCCCCGACCUUUCAACAACAACAAGCCACAGUGAAUAAUACUUAUAAAUGGAUGCACACAAAACGGGCACACAAACCUGCGGCACCAAAACGAAAAGUUGUGGAUGAAAAUGGCACAAAUAGGACAAACUUCAGUACACAUCAGUUGACGGAGCUAGAGAAAGAAUUCCAUACGGCCAAAUAUGUAAAUCGAGCCCGGCGGACGGAAAUUGCACAGAAUCUAAAGCUAAAUGAAGCACAGGUGAAAAUCUGGUUCCAAAAUCGGCGAAUGAAGGAGAAAAAACGUGAGAAAGAAAAGGCGUUUCUUGCUAGGAAUGUGAUGCCAUGGGACAACUCACCACCAUCGGACGAUGUCAAAUUGUCAUUACUGUAGAUCAUUAUUCUUUUAGACGCUAAUCGAUUAUUGAUCAAAUUUAUCUUCACAAAUAAUUAUUUUCUCUUGUGUAAAUUCGCGUGUGUACGUUGUCAUCGUCCCAUGAGUGCGCGCAUGCUUUGCGUGUGCGCGCAAUGGAUCACAAACGCUCAUCGCGCCACGGGUCUUUCAUUGAUUUUUCUGUCUGCUCUCCUGCGUCUCCUUUCUACACAUGAUUCUGCUCUCGCUGCAGUGGCGCAUGCGCACGCAUGACUCUGCGUCUCUACCAGCAUAUUUUUGGAAAUUUCCAUGUUUUACUGGUUACAGAGAGGUGUCAAUGUUGUUGUUAUUUCUUAUCGAUACUGCACUUUUUGUACCACUUAGAACAGACCAAGAAGUGAUAACAACUACCGUAACAUUCUGGGACGCAGCCCUGCUUCUCCUGUCACAUUUGAUCACGCUUAAAUUUGCGCAAACGACCAUAUGUGUAUCGCGCGUUUUUCUUGGAGAGCAGAUUACGGUAAUUGCUUGGAUUCCCCUAGAACUUUUUUUUCACUGCUUGACUGUGUUUCUUUGAACAACAUACGCUCAAUGCGACUUCUCUUCAAGUGUACACAUAUAUGUAAGAAUUAUUGAAUAAAGGUUAAGAUAUAAAUAUA